CAGGGAAGGCUGUAUCAGGAGGAGCAGCUGCUGUGCCCUGAAGGGUUUCUUCACCCUCGUGACCGAAAUCUAUAGUCAUAGGUGAAGCGUAUUUAUUCCUCAACCGUGCUGGAGAAAACUCAACUAAUCCUCUGCUGGCAAAAUAGCUCUGCAGAAAUAAAAGCAGGCGGCACUGGCUGCCUUGGGAGCUCCUGUUCUUCCCAUUUCGAGCACUGGGGAGGGACCAGGCCCUUCCUACAAAAGGGUGAAGCCGGGAGAACAUAAGUCUUGGCUUUGCUUUAGGAUAACGCUGUGAAGUGGGAUAUCGCUGGGACCAUGUCUUCCUCCAUCAAAAUUGAAUCUGUCGUGAAGGAGAAGAACAGGAUGGGAGAGUGCCCAGUCUGGGAAGAAAGGGAGAACGCACUUGUCUAUGUAGACAUUAACUCACAGAAAGUUUGCCGCUGGAGCCCACUCACCAACGAGGUGCAGAGCGUGUCUGUGGAUGCCCGCGUUGGCUCGGUAGCGUUGCGACAGUGCGGGGGCUACGUCAUCACCCUGGGGACCAGGUUUGCCUUUCUGGACUGGGACACUCAGGUGGUCACCACCAUCCUCGAGGUUGAGCAGGAUAAACCCAACAACAGGUUCAAUGAUGGGAAAGUGGAUCCAAAGGGCAGGUUUUUUGCUGGUACGAUGGCUGAAGAGACGGCACCGGGGGUCCGAGCGAGGCGGCAAGGCGCUCUCUAUACCCUUUUCCCUGACCAUUCGGUAAUAAAACAGUUAGACCAGGUGGACAUCUCCAAUGGUCUGGAUUGGUCCCUGGACCACAGGACCUUCUUUCACAUCGACAGCCUGGCAUACGCUGUGCAUGCCUUCAGCUAUGAUGUGCACACUGGACUGAUCGCCUGCCCCAGGGUUUUGUACCGUCUAGAAAAGGAGGAGCAAAUGCCUGACGGGAUGUGCAUUGAUGCGGAAGGGAAGCUCUGGGUGGCCUGUAUUGAUGCUGGGAGAGUCAUUCGUAUAGACCCAGAAACAGGAAAAAGAAUCCAAACUGUGAGGCUGCCUGCUUCGAGGAUCACCUCGUGCUGCUUUGGUGGAAAAGACUACUCAGAAAUGUAUGUGACCUCUGCGUACGAUGGACUGGAUGAGGCCGCCUUAGCCAAGGAACCUCACGCGGGAGAGAUUUUCAAGAUAACAGGCCUGGGUGUGAAAGGGAUCCCACAGAAUUUCUAUGCUGCUUGAACACUGACGCUAAAUAACAAAGAAGAAAUGCCUGCAUCUUGUAGUAACUCUGAUAAGGAAAAGUCCAAUGAACAGAAUUUACCUGUGUGAGGAUUUCUAAACCCACAUUUGAGAGCGUGCUUAUUUGGAAUUGAAGAUAUUCCUUCUUCUGUGGGCCUGUGGCUUGAUGCAAUAAUUUA